UAGAGGAUGAAAUCUUUGUGUGUGUUUGUACAAUCCUUGAUUUAUAACUGUAGGGUCAUUGUUUUUGUUGGAAAAGAUGCUAUUGACGAGUUCAGUGUUUCCUUUUUUUGUUUAGUGGAAGCUUUUCUUUCUCUCUAAUGGGAAGAAUGAAAGAAAUUAAAAAUAAAAGUAGAACUUGUUACCAAGGUUUGAUGGAUAGACCAGUUGAUGUUGCCUAAGAGAGAGGCUUUGUUGUAAUAACGUCUUUGCAUGUGUCCUAGAAAAUAACUUAGCAGUAUGGCAUUGUCUAAGAUUACUCUCUUUGCUCAUAACCUUGUCAUUGAUUCAACUAAUGUUUAUUAUUAACAAAGCAGUGUUAAUAUGUUGACUGGUUUCCAGGUCAUGUGUUGAUCAAUGUCAAAAAACUGGAUGCGUGGGGGAUACUUGCUUCCAUCAAUGUAAAUUUUUUUCAGCUGAUGGAAAGGCCAAUGACGGUCCAUGGUACAUGCAAGAGCCACUUUACCUGCGAUGGAAGCAGUGGGAUUGCCAAAGUGAUUGUCAAUACGAAUGCAUGAUGACUAGAGAAGAAGAGAGGAAAAGAGACGGUGAGAAACCUACCAAGUACUUCGGUAAAUGGCCACUCAAACAUGUCUAUGGCAUUCAGGAACCUGUCUCCGCUGCUUUCGCUGCUCUUGACCUUGCAAUACAGUUCCAUGGAUGGGUCUCUUACUUCAUCCUCGUUUACUAUCACUUGCCUCUCCAGCCAAACCGAAAAACUUACUAUGAAUACAAUGGAUUACUGCAUAUCUAUGCCAUCAUUGUAAUGAAUGCACUCUUCUGGAGUGGUGUCUGUCACAGCAGAGAUGUCGACUUGACAGAGAGGCUAGAUUACUCUUCAGCUACAGUACUAGCCGGGUAUACGCUAGUUCUAGCUGUAAUACGGUCUUUCAGUAUACAUGAUCAAUCUGCCAAAGUCAUGGUUACUGCACCUGUUCUUGCACUUGUAGCAACUCAUAUCAUCUACCUCAAUUUCUACAACCUUGAUGAAGGGCUGCACAGGAAAGUUAUAUACGGUAUAGGAGGAGUAGAGCUAGUGGUGUGGGGUUUAUGGAGUGUUUUAACAUCGCAUCCAUCUAAGUGGAAGCUAAGAGCUUUCUUUGUGUCGUGCAUACUCACAACGUGUCUGAGAAUGCUUGACUUCCCUCCUUACAAAGGCUAUGUUGAUGCUCAUGCUCUUUGGCGAGCUGCAGGGAUCCCUCUGUCUUAUCUGUGGUGGAGUUUUAUCCGUGAUGACGCCGUUUUUAGAACCACUGUUCUUCUCAAGAAAUCAAAGUGAUGAUUAUUCAAGACAGUUUUAUCUUUUCUUUCUGUCUUUUUUUUUUCCGGUGAGUUUCUCCGGUGUUCAGAAAGUUGUUUUUAGGUGUGUUUUCGCAGAAGAAGCAAAGUGGUUUGUUCUUCUGUGGUGAAUCUUGUUAGUUGUUUUGGAGUCUUGUGCUCUUUAUGUUUUGUGUUUUUUUUUCUCUCUAAGGCUCGUCGGCCGGAGAGUUUGUAUAGUGACUCUUAAAAGUCCUUUUCAUUUUUUCUCAAUGUAAAAAAAAAAGAGAGUUAUGUUAAUAUGUUUCAUUUACCUCUA